AUGCCGCAUAUCAAUCAGCCUUGGGCUGCUGAUGGCUACUCGCCGUUGGAUCUGACACUGCUGGACCAUCAUCUCGGUUCUAUCGACGAUUGGCGCUCUAUGAUUUCGGAGGCACAUAGACGAGGAAUGUAUGUCGUUCUAGAAAAUACUAUGGCGACGAUGGGCGAUCUGAUAGGCUUUGAAGGCUACUUGAAUACCUCUGCGCCCUUCAAUCCGUACGAAUAUGAUCAUGUUUGGAAAACGUCACGUCGUUAUCAUGACUUCCAACCUGGGGAUGAGUGGCUAGAUGAGUGCAAAUGGGAAUACCCCAGAUUCUGGGACGACUUCGGUCAAGGUCUAACAGAACCCACCCUAGUUCGUGGUUGUCGGGAUAGUGAAUUCGACCAGUAUGGCGAGGUUUCUUCCUUUGGUAACUAUCCCGAGUGGGAGCGUCAAAUCACAAAGUUCGCCGUUCAGGAUCGCCUUCGUGAAUGGCGACCGGAUGUGAGACAAAAACUGGGGCACUUCUCCUGCAUCACCAUAGCGAUGCUAGAUAUUGAUGGUUUUCGUAUCGACAAGGCCCUGCAAGUCACUCUUGACGCGCAAGGAGACUGGUCGGACUCCGUACGCCAAUGUGCCCGUCGGUUCAACAAGGAAAACUUCUUCAUACCGGGGGAGAUAGUGUCCGGAAACGCAUUCGGUGCUCUCUACAUUGGCCGGGGUCAACAGACCAACCAGACCAUCAAUAAAAUGACGGAGGUAGUUAUGCUGACAAAUGUCUCCAGUCCUGGUCUUUACCUACGUCCGGCAAAUAAAGUAGCGUUGGAUGCCGCUGUCUUUCAAUAUACAGUGUACAGAGCGCUCGCCAGAUUCUUAGGAAUGGAUGGCAAUUUCGAAGCCGAAGGUGAUCCGCCAGUCAAUUUUGUGGAUUUGUGGAAUGCUUUAGUCCAAACAAAUGAUAUGGUCAACACAAAUACUGGCCAUUUUGACCCCCGUCAUCUCUAUGGAUCCUCUAAUCAAGACGUUUUCCGCUGGCCUUCAAUCACACAUGGAAUAGAAAGACAAGCCCUCGCGUUAUAUAUUGUAUCCCUUUUAUUCCCGGGGAUGCCGGCGCUUGUAUGGGGCGAGGAACAGGCCUUUUAUAUCCUUGAUAACAUGAAUGCGAAUUACGCUGACAGCACUCUACGUGGUUGUAUGGAUGACAGUGUCAGCCUUGACCACCGUGAUCCCACGCACCCAAUUCGUGGGCUUGUGAAAACGAUGUUUGAGAUGCGUCAGAACUACCCUGUUCUUAAUGACGGGUACUAUUUGGAGCAACUCUCAAACAUGACGCACAACAUAUACCUGCCUGGCAGUAAUGGCACACGCACUGAGACUGGCCUGUGGAGCAUACUACGCUCGCGUUAUGUAGCUACUCAGGACUUCACAGGAGCGGUACAGGACAAUCAGAGUAUAUGGCUGGUUUAUCACAACGACAAUAAAACGGUAGACUACCAAUUCGAUUGCUCUGAUGAGAAUGAAGCAUUGGUCUCUCCGUUCGACGAGGGUACAACAGUGAAGAAUCUCUUUCAUCCUUUUGAAGAACACACUCUCCAUUCGAGUAUCCACAAAUUAGGACUAGAAGAUUCGACGAGGUUUAAUGGCUGUUUAACAAACAUGACGCUUCCUGCCUACGGUUUCAAGGUAUUCGUUCCCAAAGCGGCGUUUAUGGCUCCCUCGCCCUUCAUUACCAAGUUUGAACCGGGGCAUGACGCGCGGAUACCAUCUACGACGACAAUAGGCGAACGACUCCCAAUCCGUUUUCAGUUCUCGGAGGAAAUGGAUUGCAAUAGUAUUACCAACGGAAUUUCGGUAAAUUCAACUGCGAUGAAUGGGAAAAUCGCCCAGUUUGACAAGGAUUCCAUUUCCUGUCAGCCAGUUUCGACGAGCCAACGCGCUGCUUAUACGGGUACUCCCGUGGGUGCCUUCAACUACUCCAUUGAGCUGGAAAAUGUGUUCCAUGGUGUUCAUGAGAUAAUCUUGAACAACGUCAGCAACAGUGCCCGGAAUGGUAGUACCAAUUCUGUUGAUCACUUCAUCAUACGCAUAGGAUCAAUGGAAAACCCUAUGGUGUCUCACAAGGCGCCAGGGGCCGAUAAAUGGCGCUACUCAUUGGACUUCGGAAUGACAUAUAGCCCCUGGAUGCCUUAUACAAGCGCGAAUAUCUCUAUUCCUCCAAAAGUAUGGGUAGGAACCAAGUUGCAGGCCUGGGAUGGUGAACAUAUAACUGUGCAGUACUGGAACAAAGUAACUGGCAGCAGCAACCAUUACCAACAAGGGGAGCUAGAUUGGAAAUAUACACCGCCGCGACGCUUUCCUCACUUUUGGGUUCAGGGAGACUUUAACCAGUAUGGGUACGAUUCCGGAUACCGAAGCGAGAUGCAUCUCAGCAACAUCACUGGUUACUGGGAGUACAAUCUCAUGACCGAAUGGCCUACUUAA